UAAUGCUAAGGAUGUUGUGGGAUCGAGUGUUUAUAUAUAUAGUACAGGGUUCAAAUUUUCAGUCCAAAAAACGAGAUUUCUGCAAAUCUGUAAUGGCAAAUCUUAUUCUUCCCUUCCUUGCGAGGAGACUGCAACGAACACCUGCGCAUCUCCUCCUACUCUCCCACAUUAUUCCUUCACUCUCUUCCUCACCUUCUCCUUCUUCAAAACUCCCAUUCCAUUUUCUCUUUCACGCAUUACAUCAAACAAGUCUCAUACCCACUCUUCAGACCCACCAUUUCUCAACCUUCCAACCCUUCUCAGCUCAUAACCUCGACGACCCAUUUGACUUCAACCACCCCAGAUUCCGAACCUAUGAUCCUCACGACCGGUUUCUUCUUCGAUUCCUCGAAUUGCUCAGAGAAUUCCCCCACUAUCCCUCAGAAGCAGAGGCCAUGACCUCUCUUGACGACUCGGGCAUUGAGGUGAAUUCAGAAAUGAUCUAUUCGGCAGUUUGGGAACUGAGGGAAGAGUGGAGGCUGGCACUUUUGGCUUUCAGAUGGAGUGAGAAAUGGGGCUGCGCUGAUGAAAAAUCUAGUAAUCUGAUGAUUUGGGUUUUGGGGAAUCAUAGAAAGUUUAAUACGGCUUGGUGUUUGAUUCGGGACAUGCACCAAUCCAAAGUGGAUACUCGAAGGGCAAUGCUUAUUAUGAUUGAUAGAUAUGCAUCUGCAAAUGAUCCAUGCAAGGCUAUUGGGACAUUCCACAUAAUGGAGAAGUUCAGAUUGAGCCCUGAUCAGCAAGCAUUCCACACCGUCCUUAAUGCUCUCUGUAAAUAUGGAAACGUUGAAGAGGCUGAAGAAUUUAUGUUUGUAAAUAAGAAGUUAUUUCCCCUGGAGACUGAGGGCUUUAACAUAAUUCUUAAUGGAUGGUGUAAUAUAUCUCUAGAUAUAUUUGAAGCAAAGAGAGUUUGGAGAGAAAUGUCGAAAUGCUGUAUUACACCAGAUGCAACUUCAUAUACCAACAUGAUUUCAUGCUUUGCAAAGGUUGGGAAUCUCUUUGACUCUCUUAGACUUUAUGAGGAAAUGAAGAAACGGAGUUGGGUUCCAGGCCUUAAAGUGUACAAUUCUUUAAUAUAUGUACUAACUUGUCAGAAUUGCUUGGAACAAGCUCUAAAAAUCCUGGCCAAAAUGAAAGGAUCAGGUUUGCAACCAGAUUCUGCCACUUACAACUCAAUGAUACAUCCCUUGUGUGAAGCGAAAAUGUUUGAGGAGGCAAGAAAUAUAUUGACUGUUAUGAUGGAGGAGAAUCUUGGCCCAACCAUGGAGACCUACCAUUCAUUUCUUGAGGGUGCAGGCUUUGAGGGAACUUUGGAAAUCCUUAACCAAAUGAGGAAAGCUGGUUUAGGUCCUACUGGGGACUCCUUUCUUAUAAUUCUAAGUAGGUUCUUCAAAUUAGGGCAACCUGAGAAUGCAUUGAAGAUUUGGGUGGAAAUGAAGCAGUACGAAGUAGAGCCCAGUCACACACAUCAAUCAGUUUUGGUACAAGGGCUAGCAACAUGUGGGUGGUUGACCAAGGCCAGGGAAUUCUAUGCUGAUAUGAGAUCAAAAGGAUUUGCAGAAGAUCCAAAGCUUAAGAAGCUCUUGAAGGAACCGGCACGAGACAGUAUGCAUAAAGGCAAACGGCGGGUCCAACAGCUUAAUAGAGAGGGGUGGGUGAAUCAUGGAAAAGGUAGUAGAGUGAGAUGGAAAAUUCAUCGAAACAAAUCAAGAAGGAAGAAGAAAGAAAUUAAAAAAUCUAACUUGGAACUUUGACUGGUCAUGAAAGUCAUGGAAAAUUGACUAUGCCAGUUCUCAAGAUGAUGAACUACUGCUGGUUGUACAUACUGAAAGAGUGACACAAGCUGCUUCAAUAGGUUUGCUCUGAGGAACCUCAUAGCUUAGGCCCUUGGGUUCUCACUUCUCAAUUACUUAUACAAAUAGAAUCGAUUUGGCAUGUCAUGAGAGAAGCAGCUUUGCCAUCUCCACUCGGUGAGAACAUUUUCUUUCCUAGUUUUCAAAUAACUGGGAGUUAUGCUUUCAAAUUGUUGCCAUAUGCUCCUGGUACACUUUUUUCUUUUUCUUUUUUUAAUUAUUGUGGUUCAUGGUGCCCCAUUGGCAAGGGACUGCAACUUUUAGUUGGUUCAAUAACAUUUAGCAAUUGGUUCAUGAUA